GAUGAGACAAACAAAGGCAAAACGACAACAGCACGCGUAAUCCCACCCGUUUUGUGUCAUCAUCUGUACAGUUUAUUGUGUGCUCAUUUAAUCAUGCUUUUGUUUUUGCGAUAAUGUUGGCACAGUGUACGAAUAUAUUUACAUAUCUGUGUCUUAAAUAUCGUUGUUUCUGGAAUGCAACUGGAAUGAAGAUGACAUGGUUUUGGACAAUAAGCCUUUUUCAUCACACUGUUGGAAUAACGUGCUGGCGUGGAUAUUUAACCUCAUGAACUCACCGCCGAUUGGAGAAAGUUAUGUUGCAUAUUGGACUUUAAUUUCACGAAUUGUUGCAGUGAUACAAAACUACACAUUGCAAAAUUGAAUUUCAAACUAUGUCUAAUAUCUCUCUGUUACUUUCAAUACACAGUAAACGUGAAAUCCAAUGAGGACGGCAAGCCUUAUGGGCAUCUGUAUUAUUAGAGCAAAAGAAAACUGAAGUUUAUGAUUUUGAAUUGCUGCGUUUGAUGGAUCGUGGCAGAGGAAGAAUGCCUGCACUCUUCUCCACUAGAUGGGUCACAACCCAUGAGAUCAGGACAUACAUUUUCACAUUUAUGAUAUUUGACCUGUUAGCAUGCACUGAAGGAUCAUAUUCUAAAAGCUGUGAUAAAAAUUGCUUCUUUGGAAGAUGUAUGAAUGGAACUUGCGUCUGUGACCAAGGCUGGGUUGGGGAUCAGUGUCAGUAUUGCCAAGGAAGAUUCAAAUUGACGGAGUCAUCAGGAUCACUCACCGAUGGACCAGUUAACUACAAGUACAAAACUAAAUGUACUUGGCUCAUUGAAGGAUACCCAAAUGCUGUGCUUAGGUUGCGGUUCAACCAUUUUGCCACAGAGUGUAGUUGGGAUCACAUGUAUGUCUUUGAUGGAGACUCUGUUUAUGCACCUUUGGUAGCUGUGUUUAGUGGUCUGGUUGUCCCAGAAACGAAAGGAAAUGAGACAGUUCCAGAAGUGGUGACCACAUCUGGAUACGCAUUGUUGCACUUUUUCAGUGAUGCUGCCUACAAUCUUACAGGAUUCAACAUCUUUUAUUCGAUAAACUCCUGUCCUAAUAACUGUUCGGGCCAUGGGAAGUGUACUACAGGCAACUCCAUCUCCAGUAGCGUGUACUGUGAGUGUGAGCGAUACUGGAAAGGUGAAGCCUGUGAUGUUCCUUACUGCUGGGAUGACUGUGGAAGUCCUGAUCAUGGAUACUGUGACCUCACUGGAGAGAAGCUCUGUGUCUGCAAUGACAGCUGGCAAGGUCCAGAUUGUUCUUUAAAAGUCCCAUCAGCUGAGCCAUACUGGUUUUUGCCCAACUUGAAGCCUGAUGGACAGUCACUAGGCCGGGCUUCCCAUAAAGCAGUGGUUCAUGGCAAGCUCAUGUGGGUGAUUGGAGGGUUCACCUUUAACUACAGUUCCUUUCAGAUGGUAAUAAACUAUAAUCUAGAGAGCAGCACAUGGGAUGUAGUACCAAUCAAUGGUGGCCCCCUGCAGCGCUAUGGACACUCCCUGGCUCUCCACAAGGAUGAUAUCUACAUGUUUGGUGGGAAGCUGGAGGCAGGCUCCGGGAAUGUAACAGAUGAACUGUGGGUGUUUAAUACACGUAGCCGGUCUUGGUCCCAAAGGAAUCCCUUCCCUGUUCUGCAGGCUCAAUACUUUGCUGUGGAGGGACAUACUGCACACAUAGUGGACAACAGAAAUGGAGAGCCCAUCAUGUUGGUGAUUUUUGGCUAUUCACCCAUUUAUAGCUACUUCAGCCACGUCCAGGAGUACAACAUUCGCAUUAACUCCUGGUCGGUGGCAGAGACGAAUGGAGCGCUGGUGCAGGGAGGAUAUGGCCACAGUAGUGUCUAUGAUAGCUCCUCACAUUCCAUAUAUGUCCAUGGAGGAUACAAAGCCCUCCCUGCCAACAAAUACGGCCUAGUGGAUCAUUUAUACCGCUAUCAGGUCCACACACACACCUGGUUUAUUCUGAAGGAAAGUGGUCUGGCAAGAUAUCUUCACUCUGCUGUGCUGAUCAGUGGAGUUCUGCUUGUGUUCGGGGGAAACACUCAUAACGACACCUCGCUCAGUAACGGGGCCAAAUGCUUUUCCUCUGACUUCCUCUCCUAUGACAUCGCAUGUGAUGAGUGGACAGUUCUGCCAAAGCCAAAUCUUCAUUGGGAUGUCAAUCGUUUUGGACACACAGCAGUUAUCAGUAAUGGCUCGAUGUUCGUGUUUGGUGGUUUCUCUGGUGUGAUUCUGAAUGAUGUACUGGUGUAUAAGCCUGCCAGCUGUGAGGCCUACCUUGAGGUGGAUCUUUGUCAGAGCGCUGGUCCUGGAAUCCGCUGUGUCUGGGUCAAUGAACACUGUGUCCAGCGGGACUCCAGCCAUGCUAAUGACAGUUUGCCUGCCUCCUUUUGCCCUGCACGGAACAAUUCAGUGGAUAAGCAAUGUCACCAGUAUUCAGACUGUGCUUCCUGUACGGCCAACACCAAUGACUGCCAAUGGUGUGAAGACAAAAAAUGCAUUCCUUCUUCAAGCAACUGUACUGUCCUGACAGUUGAGCUUGCCCACCACCCUCGAGGUCCCUUGUACCUCAACCCUCCUCCUGCCAUGCUGUCGGAGCACCAGCUUUCCAUCUGGAGACCCGGUUUACGAAAAAACGGCAUGUCUGUGAAGAACUUUAUCAAAUGCAAUGUUCGAAGUGAGCAAGUUUGUAGCAAGCUGGUGAAUUGCAGGAGUUGUUCCCGAAACAUCAACUGCCAGUGGGAACCACAACAACAGGAAUGCCAUGCUCUUCCUGCAUACUUGUGCGGGGAAGGCUGGAGUCAGAUUGGAGAUGCAUGUCUCAGGUUGAAUUCCAGUAAGGAGAGUUAUGAUAAUGCCCAGCACUACUGUAAGAACCUGGAUGGCAACAUUGCCUCUUUAACAUCAGCCAAACAGUUGGACUUUAUUCUGGAAGAGCUGCAGAAGUACCAGCUGCAGGGGAGGAAGCUAACUCCCUGGGUGGGUCUCAGGAAGAUAAAUGUUUCAUACUGGGGGUGGGAAGACAUGUCUUCCUUUACUGCCAGCACGGUGCAGUGGUUACCAGGGGAGCCAAGCGACUCUGGGUUUUGUGCAUACCUGGAAAGAGCUGAGGUAACUGGACUCAAAGCCAAACCCUGCACUGCCAACACUGAGGGGCUGAUCUGUGAAAAGCCAGCUGUGAGCCCAAACCUUAGUGUACGCCCAUGUAAGAUGCCCUGCGCUCUGCGAAACACCUGUGCCAACUGCACCAGUCAGGCCAUGGAGUGCAUGUGGUGUAGCAGCACCAAACGCUGUGUGGAUUCUAAUGCUUACGUCAUCUCCUUCCCCUAUGGCCAGUGCCUGGAGUGGCAAACUGGAGACUGUGGCUCUCAGAACUGUUCAGGUCAUCGUACAUGUGCUCAGUGUCUGGAGCAGCCUGACUGUGGUUGGUGUGGAGACCCUACGGACACGGGCCAGGGCCAGUGUAUGGAAGGAUCAUCCCGUGGACCAAUGAGGAGCUUGAGUAGGCAGAGCCGAGAGAAGGUAUUGGACACCAGUCUCUGUUCUAGAGAAAGAGGCUAUGACUGGGCCUACAUAACCUGUCCAGCAUGUCAGUGUAACGGGCAAAGUAUGUGUGUUAACGGCAGCAUAUGUGAGCAGUGCAAGAAUCUCACAACUGGGCCGCAAUGCCAGACGUGUCUACCUGGAUACUAUGGAGACCCCACUAAUGGAGGGAAAUGCCAAGCCUGCAGAUGUAACAACCAUGCUAACAUCUGCCACUCCAGCUCAGGGAAAUGCUACUGUACCACUAAAGGGGUCAAAGGGGACCAAUGCCAGCUAUGUGAUUCUGAAAAUCGCUACCUUGGCAACCCAUUCAGAGGCACAUGCUAUUAUAAUCUUUUGAUAGACUACCAGUUCACCUUUAGUCUGCUUCAGGAGGAUGAUCAGCACUACACAGCCAUUAACUUCAUGGCGACUCCAGAAGAGACCAACAAGAACCUUGAUAUGUCAAUUAGUGCGUCAAACAACCUCAACAUCAACAUAACAUGGACUAUUGGCUCAACAGCGGGUACGAUCUCAGGGGAGGAAUUCCCCAUUGUGUCCAAGACUAACAUCAAAGAGUACAGAGACAGCUUCUCUUGUGAGAAAUUCUCCUUUCUUGCAAAUCCCAACAUCACUUUCCAUGUGUACGUCAGCAACUUUUCAUGGCCAAUCAAAAUACAGAUAUCCUUCUCUCAGCACAGCAGCAUCAUGGACCUGGUGCAGUUCUUUGUCACAUUUUUUAGCUGUUUCCUGUCCCUGCUGUUGGUUGCUGCUGUGGUUUGGAAAGUCAAACAGACAUGCUGGGCAUCACAGAGGAGAGAGCAAAUAAUGCGAGAGCGCCAGCAGAUGGCCAGCCGUCCGUUUGCCUCUGUUACUGUGGCACUUGAGACACCUGAGGAAGAGCUUUUGGAAGGCCAUGUUGAGGCUGGUCCCAUAGCUGUGGAGCCAUGUGCAGGGAAUUGUGCUGCUGUGCAAACAUUGCUGAUAAGUCUUCCACGGGCAUCUUCUGGAGUGUCUCCCCCUGGCCAGUGUGGCAUCACCAUAGCCAGUGCUCUUAUUGAUAAUUCUCAGCAGAGGCCCGGUGACUUGAAAGACAAGGGCUUGGGUCUAAAGAGCCGCAAACAGCAGCACGCAAUGCACCAGGGAACCUGCGUAUGAACCAGCCGGCUGACCCCACCUGAACGCCCAAGACUCUGAUUCUGAUUAUCCUAAUCUCUCUCUCAUAGACUUUCACUAGAAGGGGAUUGUGUUGAUGAGAGUGCAGCUUUUGAAGUGUUAAUGAGACAGAAGAGUGUUGAGACAUUAGUAGUCCAUGUGUGGCUCCUCCUGAAUUUCAUGCUUCAUAGUGGAGCACGUAUUCCCUCAGUAUUUCUCAAACCUUUGUGGAGGACAUCUGCAUUUUGAUUGUGCCUGCUGGGUUUCCGUUUUAGACAGCUGUUUCUUAAAAAGGGAUGGAGUAUUUAGAUAAAACUCAAUUCAGGUCAGAAUUAGUUGCUGCAAUUAUCUAAUGUAACAUUACUUAUGUUGAUCUACCGUACUUGUUCUUAUGUAAGAACUGGUGCUUUACUUAUAAGACAGAGUGGUUGUAUCAUAACAUCUUAUGAUCAACAGGUAUGCACAAGCUGUAUGUAUGCAAGAAGUACAAAUAUCAUUUAGGUUCAAUCAGCAAUCGUGUAUUGCUAUUUUGUUUGAUGUUGAUAAAAUUGCAAAGUUGUUAAGUAUAUGUUAAUUUUUUCAAUUCUGUGUUGCUGAACAUGAUAAUAAAGCCAAGGAACCCGCUGAUCAUCUGAAUCAGUGCCGGCCAUGCACCCUCACGGCCCGGCCACGCCCUCCUCCUCAUCACAGAGUUUUUUUUAAUGUAUUGUCAUAAUGUAUUGUUUUAUUUGUUUCAUUGUUCAUCUACAUAGUUAGGACACAUAUGUAAUAACUUUAUAAUAGUAUGUCUUAUUAUGCAAAUACAUUAAUAGUUUAUUAAGCUAAACAUAAAUACCCAAAAGGGUAAGAUCCGUGUUUGAAGUUUUGUUGUAUUUUUCCAUCUGUUUCCGCAACCAAAUUUGUGACCCCUAAAUCCUUCAAUCCUCUGUAUUUUAUCGGACCUUUAAAGCAGUAUACUUUUAUGCAACCUGGUCUCAUAGAAUUACGUUACUGUACCUAAAUUUUGAGCAAAAUUAUUUUUACAUGGCUCGUUGUAUGUAUUGCGCCGCUUUCCUUUUAAAAUAAACAUUAAAGGCUUGAAUUAAACUGCAGAUUUUUCAGUUAAUACAAUAAUACUUUUCGCCUUGUUCCUCACACAAAGCUAUCUUAUGACAUCAAAAUGCAUUUACUUUAGUGAAUAACUUAAACGGUGAUACGUUUAAGUUUGCAUUACAUAACCAACAACAUUUAUAAGCUUGUUUGAGUGCGAUCAAAUUGAGCAUUCCACUUGCGAUGCGUAGGACAGGGAUUUGAGUCCUGGAGAGCACACGAGUCGACACAUGAGCUGAAAGUAUCAUAGAAGCACCACAAAAUUAUGUGGUUGCUUUAGCAAUUGCGUUUUUCAUCUCGCUUUUGCUUUUUAUGACACUAUCAUUUAGGUUUAGGAGUAAGGUUUUGUUGUUGUUUUUUUAACCCAACUUGAUUUUGUUCUGUUAAAAUUGAUAGGGCAUUAGCCUUAAAAACAUUCAAUAUUUUUGCAGUGUUAGUUACUGCAUUGCGGGAACAAUAUAUUUGUGUUGUCUCUUAUGUCUCAAAGGAAUUAUGGUUUUUAUUCAUUUAUUUGUCAUUUGCAUACUUGAGUCAUAACCUAUGAGGUCACAUCAAAUGUGUAUGUGAAAUGUAUAAAUGUUGAGGAGUUUUAUUAUUCUGACAGCAUGAAAUAAUGUACAGUACCUUACACAAAAUUAAACAGUUUUGGACAAAUGAAGAGCAGCCAAAGAACAUUUAUGAUCAUGUUUAUGCAGAAAUAAACAUUUUGAUAAAUCUGUUGUCACAGUCUGUCUCUCUCACGUUCUUUAAGGACUCUUAUUUUGAAGUUUUCCUCCGGACUACAUCUCCCAUGUUUCACUGCCCUCAUCACUUCCAUCUGUUCCUUGUUAUACUCACCUGCAUUCCAUUCCCUCAUUAGUUCCUUUUUGUAUAAAUAUCCUCUAGUUUUGCCCAUUCCUUUGUCAGUCCUUGAAGUGUUACAUUGUGUUGACGAAGUAUUACAUUGUGUUGUUAGAUUGUGAUGUUUAGCUUUAUAGUUUGUUCCACUCCAGUGUU